AUGGGUUUCCUCAUCGUCGCUGUGGCGCUUGUCGCCGCUCAGGGUGGCUUUAUCUAUGGGUUCGACUCUGGAAUUAUCGCCACGACCUUUGGCCAUGACAGUUUCAAGCUCAAGAUGUAUGGACCGUCUAUGGUCAACACUAGCUAUCAAGGCGCCAUCGUAUCGGUCUAUAAUGCUGGUCAAGCCAUCGGAGGAAUGACAGUAGGCUACCUUGCCGACAAAGUUAGUCGAAAGUACACGAUUCUUCUCGCUUCGAUCUUGACGAUCAUUGGCUCCAUACUCCAAUGUGCCGCCGUCCAAGUUGGCAUGAUGAUAGCAGGCCGUCUUGUGGCUGGCAUCGGCUGUGGUCAACUACUCUCGGUUGUCCCCAUCUACCUUGCCGAGGUUGCGCCUCCAGCGCGUCGUGGCUUCCUUGUCGGACUUCAGGGAAUGAUGAUAGCCAUCGGCUUUGGCGUUGCUAAUUGGGUUGGCUACGCAGGUGCAUUUGCCAUGGGGGACAGCCAAUGGCGGAUUCCACUGGCAAUGCAGCUUCCCAUUCCUGUUCUUCUCUCUGUAAUGGUCUUCUACGUACCGUUCUCGCCCCGUUGGCUUAUACUGCGCGAUCGAUACGAAGAAGCGAGAACCGUCCUGGCGAACCUACAUGGGGCUGCGGACAACGAUGAUCUGGUUGGACGCGAACUCAUACAAAUCCGUGAGCAAAUUCUCCUGGAGAGGUCUCAGGGCAACAUGGACUGGAUGACGGCCUUGCGCGCACUGUUUUCCAGAAAGUACGUCCGCCGUACACUCACUGCCGCAUUCAUCGUCACCAUGGGACAGCUCAGCGGCUCCUCGGUCAUACAGAACUUUCAGAACAUCUUCUACGCCACUGUCGGGUUCACUGGUAGAACGGCGCUGCUGAUCAGUGGUGCUUACGGCAUGAUGGGAAUUCUGGGUCAGGUCAUCUACCUCUUCGUCGUCGCAGACCGCUGGCCACGAACACGUACUCUAUGGAGCGGUUCUCUGGUGUUGAGUGCCAUGAUUGCAUUAUGCAUGGCUCUCAGCGCAGUCUAUGGUAACAAGAAUAACGAUAAUGAGGCAGGAGCAAGGGCGGCCAUCAGCGCCAUCUUCAUCUACUCCAUGUGUUACGCCAUUUUUUUCAAUGCCAUGAUCUGGGUUGUUCCAUCGGAGCUGUUCCCUUUCUUCCUAAGAACGAAGGGUCUGGCAUUUGCCGUUGCUGCCAAGUCUGUUACAGCAAUCGUACUCUCGCAAGUCACCCCGCUGGCUAUCGCCUCCGUUAGCUGGAGGUACUACUCACUUUUCAUCGCAACAAACCUAGCGGCCGCUGUCUUCUACUUCUUCUUCCUGCCAGAGACUGAAAUUGCGGAGCUAUUCGGAGAUGACCUAGCAACAAACCGCCUGGGCGAGCUGGACGUGGACGCGAAGAAUGGAAUCGGACCAGAGGCGGAGCUUCAUGAAUUCGCCGAGAGGCGAUCUCAGUCCGAUACUCCCCGCGAUCUUACUGCCGCGAACCAUCGAGUUCAUCGCUGCGGGGCCGUAGAUCAUGCGGGGUGUAAGCGUUGCCACCCGGGCUUCUUCCCGGUGAGGAGGUGCAUCCACGGAGAGAGUUCGGAGAAAGGUCAAGUUGAAGGAAAGCCCAUGAUGCUUAUGUCACCAUUGAAGAUGCAGUACUACUUAGUGUUAGGCAUACACAUUUCAAAUCGCAAUAUGGCAUCUAAAGCAGAUCACAUCCUCAUAACUGGGGCCGCCGGUUUCGUUGGCCAGGAGCUCAUCACCGCCCUCCUUCUCUCAUCGCCUUCCGUCCAUCUCACAACAACAGACAUAACAACCCCUCCCAUUCCGCCCCAAGCUCUCUCUCACGCAUCUCGUGUGACAUCACUUCAAACAGACCUCACAUCAUCGGAGGCAGUCGCUUCUCUUCUUACGAGUCACUCGCGUUUCGACGCAAUCUACCUUCUCCAUGGCAUCAUGUCUGGAGGCGCGGAAGCGAACCUGGAACUAGGCCUUGCCGUAAACCUCGACAGCCACCGCAUAAUCCUCGAUGCCUUGCGCCAAGAAGCAUCUGCGCAUCGUGGAUCUGUUGUGGUAUUCCCCAGCUCAUUGGCAGUCUACGGUCCUGCAGCACCGGGCCAGAUCAACACCGAGACAACUUGCCCGAUUCCCCAGUCUUCGUACGGCGCCCAGAAGCUGAUAAUCGAGACGCUUCUGGGAGAUUACUCACGCCGUGGGCUGCUAGAUGGACGAAUUGUGCGGUUACCUACCAUCAUCGUCCGUCCGGGCGCCCCAAGCGCGGCGGCUUCCUCCUUUGCUUCGGGCAUUGUGAGGGAGUCGCUCAAAGGUGAGGGAAACAUCUUACCAGUGAGGCCGGAACUACCUAUGUGGGUGUGCUCUCCGAAGACGGUGGUCAAGAAUCUGGUGGAUAUCAAGGGCAUUCCUCAUGAGAAGUUUGGGAUUUCUAGAGUUCUCAAUUUGCCCGGCGUUACUGUCACCGUGGCGGACAUCCUAAAUGCGCUAGAGGUUGUCGGAGGUGCAGAGGCUAGGAAACUGGUGCGCGAAGAGAGAAGCCCGCAGAUUGAGGCGAUCGUCGGUAGUUGGCCGGCUUAUUUCGAUGUUUCGAAGGCCAAGGGCCUCGGCCUUUCUCAGGAUGGGGACCUGAUAACCACAGUCAAGGACUUUGCAGAGCGCCUUCGGGCUGGUGUUUAG